GGUUGUACGGUAAUAAUUUUUCGUAAAAACUAAAAAUGCCUGGUAUGGAGUCUGUUUAGCGUGUACAUGUACUGUAGAUCUACACUACACAGUCAUACAGACAUUAUUACUGUCAGUAGGUCUACUCAGUACAGUACUAUCAGUAGUACUGUAGUACAUGAUUGUACUACAAUGUCAUGACUCAUGUACUACUAGUAGUACACUUGUAGACCUACCAAGUAUAGAGGUACUACUACUGUACUAGUACUAGGUCGCGUAGAUCUACAUGAAUACUAGUACGUGACUGAUGUAGUACUAGUAGCAUGCUAUAAAUAGUAUAAUAGCGCUAGGCCCGGUCUGCAUUAUUCACGAUGACUUUGAAUGUUUGAUGUGCCUGUACAUAAAAAAAGAGGUCGACAAAGAAUGUUUGUGUGUGUGUUAUCAUGGUUACUGUCUGACUUUCGCGACUUUAUGAGUUACAAUGUAUGUGGUUGUGGUCCUCGCCUCGGCCACCGGAAGGGUUUCGGACAGUGAAUGCUGUGGAUCUGCAGUUGUUUGAUUCAAUGAAUCAGGGAGUCGUACAUGUAUAACCAACCAUGAUAACGACUCUCUGGUUUGAAUCCUUGACCAUUGUUGACGAAAUAUUACUGAGCUGGUAAGAGUACAGGCGCGCGCUAGCGCUGUCGAAAGCAGUCUGGACUUGAUUUCUGUGUGGCGUCUUGCGAUACGAGUACGGGAUUCUACUCCAGUUCGUCUGAUCGGAACAGUACUCGUACUGUCGUUAGCACCAUUGAAAAAGAGAAUGCCCCUGCGGGCCAAACGGCAAUGCCAACGGCCGCUGGGAGUCGGAAGCACGCAGCCCAAAGCAAAGGAACCAGUUCCCACCCGAUGGUCCUGUUGCAUGUGCAAUGGUGAGUUGAUAGAUGCCAAGUUAUUGCCUUGCUUACACUCGAUUUGUGCUAAGUGCAGGGUCGCAGGCACAGCUAACAACAGAGAUGGAUCGUUUACCUGCAGACAGUGUGGGUAUAUCGUCGACCCUCGACAAGGGAACAGUGCCACACUGCCAGUGGACUAUUUGGCGCAGGACUAUGUGGCGCUGCAGAAACUGCGUGAUCCGCAGCAGUCCAACAACUGCGACGAGUGUGCUCUAGAGGAGGUAGCCAGCCAUCGCUGUGCCAGAUGCUGUCAAUUUCUGUGCACAUUCCAUGAAACAGCUCAUAGACGUGGCAAAGCUACUCAUGACCAUGAAACCAUUCCUCUCAGUCAACUCCAAUCAGCCAGCACAGCAACUGCUGAUGGUGGAAACGUACCCAUUGAUCUUGCUGAGCUGGCUGUAGCACGCAGUCCAUUGAUGUGUGCCCAUCACAAACAGAAAGAACUGGAGCUGUAUUGUGAGAGCUGUUCUCAGUGUAUCUGUAGAGAUUGUGUAUUGGUGGAUCACAAGUUGCAUGAAUACACAUUCAUACCAAACGCCAUCAAAACAACAAAGAUGUGGCAGGAUGUUCCACGGUUGGACAAGAUGGUGACACAGUUUGAAGCAACACUGAGGAGCAUUGAACGGUCCAAGGAGACUCUCACCACCAAUUUCCAUGCAACGAGCAAGAACAUGGAGAAAGCUGCCAUUGAAGCCAAGCGGCUUGUUGACGUUCGACUGAAGGAGCUCCUUUCAGAUGUGGACAGAGUCUACCAAAGGAAGAGCAUUGCUCUGGAGAAUCAAGAGAUAGCAUUGAAACGACUGCAGGAGAAUGUGAUGUGUGCGUCAGCUUUUGCAAAGUCAAUGGUGGAAUGCGCCAGCCCAUCGCAGCGACUUAUCCUGAACGGCUUAGUGGAUGCUCGUUUGAAGAGCUUGCUGCAGGCCUCGCGGAAAGAGUCCACCCUCGCCCAUGAUGACGGAUCUUUAUCAGCAGUGCUUGAUCUCUGUGAUGUAAAGGAUUCUCUGAAGCAGUUUGGUCGUGUGACGUCCACAGCCACUAGCGUAGAGAGCAGCCUACGUCUUCCAGCUAACUGCUAUACUGACUUGCCCGUCACAGCCACCGUGGACCUGGCAGAUGCAAGCGGACACCCUACAUCAAAUAUCAACAGCAGUGCUAUUAGCUGUACAGUUUCUACUCCUGAUGGCAAAGUUCAAGAAGUAAGCAGUAUUACGGUUGGGAACUGCAAAGCCAUGUUCAACUUCACUCCCACACACGGACCAGGCAAAUACUCUGUGAAUGCUACCAUUGCUGGACUUCCCGCUAAAGCUUCGCCAGCCAUUGCCAAUGUGUCAAAACCACCGUGGACCUUCGGCCACGUUUCCAAAUCAACUGCACUGCGCCAGACCCAUAGAGUUAAAGUUACCGGCAUCCAGCUGUCGUCAACUGGGCUGCGCGCCACAUUGGAAGAUGAGGAGCCAGCGGACAUGAAUCAAUAUGGAUUGCCAGCGAAGCUGCGCGAAAACAAACCCCAUAGGGUUGUCGCCGCAAUGAAGGAAAUGCCCAAAAAAGUCAUUGGACCUGCGAUAAAGUGGUGUAUCAAGUUAGAGCAGCACAAUGCCGGCAAUGGAGAAGAGAUCUCAGACCCGGCAAUUGGCGUUGGAUUCUUUGUGAACGUACAAUCAGAGACAAUGAAAGCAUCUUUUAGAAAUAACACUGGAAGUGAUUUCAAUAGCUAUGCCAGUUUUGCUGUCACUCUCUUCUCAUCGGGCAAUGCUGUGUGUGGCAAGACGCUGUGCUACAACCCACCGCAUGCCGGGCAUCAUACCGAUAGGGGGGAUGCUGAACUAAAGUUCAAGUUUCGCAAUGGUGAUGAGCUGACCCUGGAGUAUAUCCCAGAACGUGACUUUCUGGUCGUCACCCAACCACACAGCAAUGUGAAGUACGUAGUUGACCUUCUGACUCCGUCCAAGAAGGUCCUGCCACUUGACAGUGACAUCGACACGGCAUUCAAGCCACGCCAGCUGCCACAGCAUGGUGUGCACUUAUCCUGUGGUGGCACAGUUGGUACUCAACCUGCGCGUUCUCAGGAGUUUGGUGUGAUUUCAAGCAUCUGUCCGGCUGUGUGGCUGUCAGCCAAAUUUGCCGGAGACGUUUACCUGUCGUUUCCGGCUGAUUAGUGCAACUCAGUUGUUCAGCUACAGCCGGUGAAACCCACGCCAGGAUGUGAGGACCUUGGUGUUUGAAUAUGUUCCAGGUCAUCAUUUUACUUCAUCCGUUCUCCCUUAAGUAUUCAGAUGUGUUUUCAUUCUUCUGCCAGUCCACUUCUGUGCCGCCUUUUCUGCCUUCGUGCCAAUUCUGAGGCACGUAGCCACACCUGCUCAAGGUCUCAAGUCUCGCUUGGACUUGUACUGCCACGAGCCUCCUCUCGAUUUGGAUAUUCCUCUCUUUCUUUCUUAGCCGCUGGAACUCAGUUCCGGCAUCGGUCUGCCUUGCUGCUUCACCAAGUCAAUUUCGUAUCGCAAUCCUAGAUUGGCUAGGGUACCCAGUAAGGAGACCAUAGGUCUGUGGGGACUGCCCUAGAGAAAUAUGAAUAAAUACAGUACAUACAAUACAAUCCCUUUACUGUUUAGGCUUGAUACAGCACACUAUCACAUGCACGAAACUCUGUGUUUUUGCAUCUACAUUACUGUAAAUCAAUUAUAUUUCGUAGUCAUUUUAAUUUUGUAAAUUCCGUAUGCUCCGGUUUUGCUCCGGUUUUUUUUACGAAAUCAAAACACCAACACACACACACACACACACGCGCGUGUCCCAGCGCAUAGACGGUUCAGACAAAGGUGUUUUCAGCCUA